AUUUGAAUACAUGCGUUGUCGCCCUGCUUUUGGUGCCUGUCAAGCAGCGAGCAGCGCAGCAGCCAGACGGACCAACGGAGGAAGAGAAGAGACAGAAAGAGAAAGACGACAAAUAAUCCUCCACGCCCAGAGAUCACCAGUCUCCUCGCCUCACCUCUCAGUUUCAGGUUCCCAACAUGGACAGCAGUGCCCAGAUCUCUCCAGAGGAGCUGGAGGAACUUAGAGAAGCUUUCGCAAAGAUUGAUGUGGACAACAACGGCUUUAUCAGCAAAGAUGAGCUUAAUGAGCUCUUCAGGGUUGCUAAUCUGUCACUGCCUGGGUACAGGAUCCGAGAGAUCGUCCAGGAGUUUACCAAGACCAGUGACCAGCUCACCUUCGACGAGUUUGCUCAGAUCGCCCAUGGGCUGAAGAGCACCGAGGUGGCAAAGACCUUCAGGAAGGCCAUCAACAAGAAGGAGGGAAUCUGUAGCGUUGCAGGAACCUCAGAGCAGUCUGGCACCCAGCACUCCUACUCAGAGGAGGAGAAAGUGGCCUUUGUGAACUGGAUCAAUAAAGCUCUGGAGAAGGAUGGUGACUGUAAACAUCUUCUGCCAAUGGAUCCCAACAGCAACGACCUGUUCACCGCCAUGGGAGAUGGAAUCAUUCUCUGUAAGAUGAUCAACUUGUCUGUCCCCGACACCAUCGACGAGAGAACCAUCAACAAGAAGAAGCUCACACCCUUCACCAUCCAGGAGAACCUGAACCUGGCUCUGAACUCUGCGUCGGCCAUUGGCUGCCACGUGGUCAACAUCGGAGCCGAGGACCUGAAGGAGGGCAGGCAGCACCUGGUCCUGGGUCUGCUGUGGCAGGUCAUUAAGAUUGGACUGUUCGCCGACAUCGAGCUCAGCAGGAACGAAGCUCUGAUCGCUCUGCUGCGUGAUGGAGAGAGUCUGGAGGAUCUGAUGAAACUUUCACCCGAGGAGCUGCUGCUGCGCUGGGCCAACUAUCACCUGGAGCAAGCCGGCUGCGGCAAGAUCAACAACUUCAGCUCCGACAUCAAGGACUCGAGGGCGUACUACAACCUCCUGAACCAGGUGGCACCCAAAGGAGACGAGGAGGGAAUCCCACCCAUCGCCAUCGACAUGUCAGGACUCAGGGAGAAAGAGGACCUGAAGCGUGCAGAGUGCAUGCUGGACCAGGCCGACCGGCUCGGCUGCAGACAGUUCGUCAUGCCGGCAGACGUUGUCCGAGGAAACCCUAAACUCAACUUGGCUUUUGUCGCUAAUGUGUUCAACAAGUACCCAGCUCUGAAGAAACCAGAGAACCAGGACAUCGACUGGAGCUCCAUCGAAGGUGAAACCAGGGAGGAGCGCACCUUCAGGAACUGGAUGAACUCUCUGGGGGUCAACCCUCGUGUCAACCACCUCUACGUAGACAUUGAUGAUGCCCUGGUGAUCUUCCAGUUGUACGAGAAGAUCAAGGUACCAGUGGACUGGGACAAAGUCAACAAGCCUCCCUACUCCAAACUGGGCAGCAACAUGAAGAAGCUGGAGAACUGUAACUAUGCUGUGGAGCUGGGAAAGAAGGAGGCCAAAUUCUCUCUGGUCGGCAUCGCGGGUCAGGACCUGAACGCAGGGAAUCGAACCCUCACCCUCGCUCUGCUCUGGCAGCUCAUGAGACGAUACACCCUGAACAUCCUGGAAGACCUGGGCGACGGACAGAAAGUCACUGACGACACCAUCGUGGCCUGGGUCAACGACAUGCUCACACAGGCUGGAAAACCCACCAUCUCCAGCUUUAAGGAUGGAUCUAUCAGUAGCAGCAUGCCGGUCCUGGACCUGAUCGAUGCCAUCCAGCCUGGAUCCAUCAGAUAUGACCUGCUGAAGACAGAAGACCUGACUGAAGAGGAGAAACUCAACAACGCAAAGUACGCCAUCUCCAUGGCGAGGAAGAUCGGUGCUCGGGUGUACGCUCUGCCUGAGGACCUGGUGGAGGUGAAACCCAAGAUGGUGAUGACAGUGUUCGCCUGCCUCAUGGCUCGCGGCAUGAAGAGAGCCUAAAGACCUCAGCGACCCUCGGUCACUGACCUGACCGAGAGGCUGAGGAAAUGGAGUGGGGUGUGUGGGGGGGGUGUUAGCUGUGUAUCUGUGACUUUAAACAGGGAGAUGAGAUUAUAUUUUUGACCUCUGACCUCUUGUUAUCAGUGUUCAGGGCUCCAUAUAUUUUUAACAUUAAAAAACAUGUCAAUUAAUUAUAAAGGUAAAGUCAGGUGUCCCACUCUCUGCUGCACUAUCACUGGAUUUCAGCAGGUCAAUCAAUGAAGGAUUUGAUUUCUUUUUCUGCACUGUUCCUUCAUAUUUCUCUGUAAAUUUCUACAACACAUUCACACAGACACAUUUCUAAUCAGAAACAUGUGCAACAAAUAAACACUUUUGUACAAAAAAU